UUGAGUUGGAGGAGCACACUUGCAUGUGAAGAAGUCAGUUGCCUGUAACUUUGCUGAAUAUACAUUUUAAAUUAGUUAAUUCUUCAGAAUUUAUUUCAAAAGCAGAGUCCCUGAUUCCAACAUAGAUAUACUCCCUGAUAAUGGAUGCUUCUGCAGGAAAAAAUCCUCCUCAUCCAUUCUGGCCCCAGGACCUUGUGAUUCCCAACUAUGUGGCCAACGAUCGGUCCAUGACAGACAUUCUGGUGUUCCUCUUCUCUGUUUCUGGGGUGUUUCUGCUUGUCACCUGGCUGAUCAGUGGGAUCAACCACUCCCUGGGAACAUGGAGGCGCCUGGCCAUCUGUUGGUUUGCAGUUUGUGGAUUUAUCCAUAGCAUUAUUGAGGGCUGGUUUACUCUUUAUUACAACAUUAUACCAGGGGACCAAAGCUUUCUUUCACAACUGUGGAAAGAGUACUCCAAAGGGGACAGUAGAUAUGUUAUAGCUGAUAACUUUACUGUCUGUAUGGAGACCGUGACUGCUGUCCUAUGGGGUCCAUUCAGUUUUUGGGCUGUUUAUUCCUUUAUAACUGCAAAGUCCUACAGAUUUGUUCUGCAGCUCAUCAUUUCACUUGGUCAGCUUUAUGGAGCAGUGUUGUACUUCUUCACAGAGCACAGGGAUGGCUAUGCCCACAGCGAGUACGGACAUCCUAUCUACUUUUGGUUCUACUUUGUCUUCAUGAAUUUCCUUUGGAUCAUUAUUCCAUUGAUACUCAUUUUGGAUGCGUGGAGACAGUUAUCGGCAGCCCAGACAUAUGUGGACUCCUCUAGGACACAGAAGACUAAAAGAAAGUAAUCGAUAUUAAUCACAACAAUGUGGGACAUUGGGGGAAUUAAAUCAAAGUGUCUUCAAAACAAAUGCAAAUGAACUGUAGUCCUUUGCUUCUGUUGUAUUAUCAAGGUGAUUGUCCAAUGAAUGCCAGCAAGCUCAGAGUUUUGGUUUUGUUGCCGUUUGCAAGUUUGUUUUUAUUACAGAUUAAAUAAAAUGAUUAAAUAAAAAAAUUUCCUUUAUACUGUUGUUUGUUAAUAAACUUUAGUUUGUGAUUAGCCUGAA